AAGCUGCGCACCCAGCUGCGGCCACUGGGCCUCAGGCAGCCAUCCGGAGGAGCUCAGCGGUAUCUGUCGUGGCGGGGGUGGUAUAACGCUGCGAGGCCUGCCAGCGGCCGCUCCCGCCGCUUCGUUCUCUUCCUCAGCAGGCUGUGCUGCCGGGAAGCUGCGCGCCAUGUCGACGGUGGCCGCCGCCAGCUGCGACGGCAAGGCGGCGGGGGAGGCGCGGGAGGAGAAGAAGCCGCUGAAGCCCUGCUGCGCCUGCCCCGAGACCAAGAAAGCGCGGGACGCCUGCAUCAUUGAGAAGGGGGAAGAGAAUUGUGGGCACCUGAUUGAAGCUCACAAAGAGUGCAUGAGAGCUCUGGGCUUCAAGAUAUGAGAUGAGCAGGACUGUGAAUGUGGUCUGUGGUGUGACUGUGUUCUGGAAAGUUGGAAAAUAAAUUAUUUCUGCUAAUUACUUCAAAUGUAAGGAAAUAAUCUAUUUAUAAUAAAGUCUUUAAUAAUCAA